CCACCUCGAGGCGGGCGCCCGGGCUCCGGCGCGCGCCCCCCGUGGGCGCAGCCCCGGGGGGCCCCCGGGGGCGGGCGGCCAUGGCGCCCUCGGCGGGGCCGUCGAGGCUGCAGAAGGCGUCGUACGUCGCAGGCCUCCUCGUGUUCGGCUCGCUGAACACCCUCAUCAUGAAGGUGAGCGACGUUGGACCGUCUGGCGCGGAGGAGCACUUCGAGAAGCCAUGGGGCAUGACGCUCCUCAUGUUCGUGGCCAUGUCCGUGUCCCUGCUUUACGACAAAGACAUGCGCCGCCGCUGCGGGUGCAAGCCAUCCCUCGAGGACUCCCUCCAGGCUGGGCUCAUCGACGACGCCCCCGUCGCGCCGUCCUCGAUCGACGGCGCCGGCGCCCCCGCGCCCACGUGGCGGCAGAAGGUGGGCCUGACAGCGUGGGCCGCGCUUUUCGACGUCCUGGCCACGGGCCUGUGCAGCACCGGAUUCCUCUUCAUUCCUGCCAGCGUCUGGCAGCUGCUCCGCGGCGCCGAGAUGGUCUUCGCCCAGAUCUUCGGCGUGCUGUUCCUGGGGCGGGAGUCCCUGGGCUUCAACUGGCUCGGCGUCGCCCUGUGCAGCUUCGGCAUCGUCCUGGUAGGCCUGGCGAGCGUCUGGGGCGAGGCUUCCGAGGGCACCCCGGGCGCGGAGCCGCAGGGCGACGGCGGCGGUGCGCAGCUGCUCCUGCUCGGCAUGGGACUCGCGCUGGCCGGCCAGGUGGUGCAGGCCGCCCAGGUGACCGCAGAGGAGCACCUGCUGAAGGAGUGCGACCUGCCCGAGCUGCAGAUCGUCGGCUUCGAGGGCAUGUGGGGCGGGAUGAUGACGCUGGGCCUGCUGGCCGUCUUCUAUCCUGGAGGACCACGGGAGCUUCGAGGACUCAGUGGACACGGCGUAUUUGAUAUUGGGCAACGGCCCGCUGGCCGUCUGCACGCUCGUGUACCUCUUCUCCUGCUCCACGUACAACAUCGCGGGCAUCGCGGUGACCGGCGCCCUCACCGCUGUGCACCGGGUGAUGAUCGAGGC